AUGCCUCGUCUAGUUCUUCGACUUUAUCCACUCUCCUUUGUUAGUUGCUUCAAGCGCCUUGAAGGUGAAACGCAUUCCAUUAUUCCGCCAGAGCCUGACGAGCCGCCCGGCCUGCUCCUCUCUCCUUUAAAACUGUUGCUCCGCCUCGCCUCCCUCGGCAACCGCAACGCCUUUGCCCGUUUCUCCCCGCACCUGAUCAUAAUGAUGGCGGCCGCUGAUGGCGAUUACCUCCGCUUUCUCAUCGAGAACAAGCUCCUGUUUUACCCUCUGUUUGUUCAACAUGAUACAUCGUCGUGCCGCGGCGGUCUGCGCGUCCAGCGCCAGCAGCACAUCGGCUUGAGCGGAACUGCCGCUGUUGGCGCAUCAUCCCUUCCCCUCAGAAACGAACGCGCCGCCGCGGCGAGGGGGGUUGACAUCGCGGCCACAUCCAGCGGCUCUUCGCACAGGCCCGACGACUCAAUGAACGCGGAACGACUCCUACUAGCCAUGAUGCGUGGAGCAACUCCUAGCGGCGGCGGAAUCGCACCGGAUUCCAGCAGCGCAUUCACCUGGCCGCUGCCCGCUACCGCCCAGCGGCGGUGGGCGGAGGAGCCACGGAAGAGGCAGCGGGAGUCAGAGCCGGUGGUUCAGCCGCGACACAAGAGCUGCAGAGUGACUUGCAUGCUGAUGGAGGCGUCUGGUCAUUCUGGGGCGCCUCAAAGAAACUCUUUGAUUCCAGAGCUGCCUCAAAGGGCGUCUCAUGCCUCUCAGCUGCCCGAAAGGGCGUCUCAUGCCUCUCAGCUGCCUCAAAUGGCGCCUCUUGUCUCUGAGACGCCCCAAAGGGCAUUCAUUCCCACUUCUACUAACAACAAUAGACCGCACAGCAACAGCACCGGCCUCCUUCCUAGACCCCGGCGUUGCUGGACCCAGCAAGGCGAGGCUCACGCACAGCUUUCCCAGGGAUCCGCCGCUGCAUUGUUGGACGUGCAGCGCGCCUGUGGCUUGCGCAGGUGGGAGCGAUGGUGGGUUAGUCAUAGACCCUCCGUCCCCACCGCUCUGGCGGAGGUACGAGCCACCCGGAGUGCAGCCACACGGUGUGCUGGUGGUGGUGCUAGUCCCCAUGGUCAGGAUCUCCUAGCGGAUGUAGCAGCAGCAGCAGCAGCACAGAGUUGGGAUGGCCAACUGCUGGCAGAGGUGGGAGCCACCCGGAGUGCUGGUGCUGGUGGUGCUGGUGGUGCUGGUGGUGGUGGUGGUGCUAGUCCCCAGGGUCAGGAUCUCUUGGCGGAUGUAGCAGCAGCAGCUGGUGCACAGAGUUGGGAUGGCCAACUGUUGGCGGAAAUCAUGGGCGUGGGGGAUGGGGCAGGGGAACGAAGCCGGGGAGGAAGUGAAGGAAGCGGGGGGAGUGGGGGACAGCAGGGAAGCAGGGGAAGCGAGGGAAGGGCGGGAGGUUGGCCCAUCUGCUUGAAAAGCAAUGGGGAGUGUGGCGCUGCCUCAGCCCCUGCUGCUGCUGGCCUUUCAUCUCAAUCCGCUGCUGCUGGCCUUUCAUCUCAAUCCGCUGCUGCUGGCACUCCCGACCCAAGCAACAGCCCGCCCGCCCGCCCCGCUACAGUCACAUCUCUUGCGAGAAACCCGGGAUCAGCCAGAAGCCCAGCGGGUGGGUCAGUGGAUCUCUCCCUUCGCCUGGGGCCCAGCCUAGAGCGAGAAGAGACAGAGGCAGAAGGGAAAGAGACUGCAGGGGGGAAUGAUGAGGGAAGUGCAGGUGGAGCAGAGGAGAAAGAGGGGGUGUCCAUUCCAGGCUAUCACAUGUAUGGCCCAUAUGCUGGGGAAUGUACCUCGUUUGAUGUCGGGUCUGAUAAAUCACCACUGUCACCACUAUCGCCGCAAUCGCUACAGUCGCUACUCUCACCAGGGUCACCACAGUUGCUAGAGUCAGCAUUUGCAGCCGCGUCGUGUGACCCUGUGUCUCGUCCCAAAGCUGGUGGGCCUGUGGAACAGCUGUUGGGCCACAGCUUCACAGCGCCUGCGCAUGCACGUGGUUUAGAGACGCCUCAACAGCCAAGCUCCAGGGCGCCUGUGGUGGCUGGUGGCAUGCAGAGGCGGAGCAGCGCGUUCACACUGCCAGCUGUUCCCGAGGGCUAUGCCCUGGCGCAUGGUGGCACUUGGGCGUGUGAGUUUGCUAAUGCUGCUGCUGCUGCUACUGCAGCAGCUGCUACCACUGCCACUGCUGCUGCUCCUGAUGCAGAUCCUGAGGCAGGUGCUUCUAUGGGAGUGCAAGGGGGGUAUGCACUGGCACGGGACAGCAUCUGGGCGUGUGAGUCUGCUCCUGCUGCUGCUGCCGGUGGCCCAGGGGAGGGCAUUUCCCGUGGUGAGAGCAGAGGCACAAGUGUGUACGAGCACCAGGCUCUACUGUACAAACUGAAUCUGGAUCGCCACAUGAGUGGCGAGGGGAGGAUGAGGGGUGAAGGGGAGAUGCCCGUAGCAUUCCAGUGGGACUGA